ACGUAACAAAUUUGGUUUUGGUUUUAACACAACCUUUCUCACUCUACUUAAUUUACUCCAAUGUAUUUCAACUCUCCUCUCUCUCUCUCUCUCUCUCUCUCUCUCUAUCUCUCUCUCUCUCUCUCUGCAAGUGGCAAAGGUAUGUGUUUGCUUGCCCCACGUAAGACUCUUCAACUGAAUUCCAUAGCUUAUUGCAUACACUUUCUCUUUCUGGGCAUCUUCAGGUAUGGAAAGAAUGUGUGAUGUCCCCUGUAUCUGAGGCAGUUGUCUUCUAGAAUCUAAGAAGAGAAAGAGUGAAAGAGUUUUGAGCUUUAAUUUAUAAUGCCAGUUCCACUUGCCCCAUAUCCAACUCCUCCAGCACCAUACACACCACCGGCAAAUGGUGCACAGAGCCAACUUGUGUGCUCUGGAUGUAGGAACCUUUUACUCUAUCCUGUUGGAGCCACCUCUGUCUGUUGUGCGGUUUGUAAUGCAGUCACUGCUGUGCCACCUCCUGGCACAGAAAUGGCACAGCUGGUUUGUGGAGGAUGCCACACCCUACUCAUGUAUAUCCGCGGAGCAACGAGUGUACAAUGUUCUUGCUGCCACACUGUAAAUCUAGCCUUGGAAGCAAAUCAGGUGGCGCAUGUCAAUUGUGGGAACUGCAGGAUGCUGUUAAUGUAUCAAUAUGGAGCAAGAUCUGUGAAAUGUGCGGUUUGCAAUUUUGUCACAUCAGUUGGGGUGUUGACGAGCACUCCCGAACAGAAAUUCAACAACUAAAAAUUAUCAUACACCACAUAAAGCUGGCUAUUACAAUGCUACAACCUUGGUUUUGCAUCUCAUAGUAGUUUUCCUCCAAGAUUGCAUCUCCCAGUGAGAACAGAACGUCCUGCUUCUCACAUGUAUAGAGUGAUUUUUUUCUUUUCUUUCUUGCGUGAUCCUUGUAUGAAUAAGUAGUUAUGUCAAGAUUGGAUGUAUGAGAAUAUUCUACAAGAGAAGAGAGACUACUAAAAUUUGAGUGAAUUUGGAA